GCCACCUUGAAUUCUGAACUUUUCAACUUGAGCAUCAAUUCAUGAUAUUUUUUUUUUCUUCAACAAGUAACUUGUAUAUUCUGUGAGUGUGUGUUUGUGUUUACAGUUAUAUUUUUGGAUUUUAUUUUGCUAAAUCAAUAGCAAAAUGAAUUCUAGUGAGUUAAACAUUAGACCGGAAAGUCAAUCAAUUGAUUCAGUUUGGGGUUUAUCUUUACUCGCUGCUGGAACCAUUGGAUUAACUGGGAUAAUCCCGAUCAUUUUUAUGUCCUCAUUUGAACUUAACGAUAAAGAUUCCAGAAAUAGAUUGAAAUUAUUAUUAAGCUUUUCCGUUGGUGGUUUACUUGGUGAUGUAUUUUUACAUUUACUACCGGAAGCUUGGACGUUUGUAAUUAAAUCAUCGGGAUCAUUGGUUGAUGAAUAUUUCAACAUGGGACUUUGGGUCGUUUCCGGAAUAUCAACUUUACUCGCAAUCGAGAUGAUCUUCACUCUAUGUGGAUCAUCAUCAUCAUCAUCAGAUGAUGAUCAUCAUGAUGAUCAACAAUUUAAGAUAACUGAUUCUAAUUAUGAUAACAAUCAGAAAGCUGAAAAAUCAAUUGAACGACAAUUAAGUGAUAAGAAAUCAUCUCCAUCGGUUGCUGGUUAUUUAAGUGUUUUUGCCAAUGGAGUUGAUAAUUUUACCCAUGGUUUAGCAAUAGCAGCAAGUUUCACCGCCGGUGUAAAGAUCGGUGUUCUAACAACAAUCGCCAUCCUAAUCCAUGAAGUUCCCCAUGAGUUUGGUGAUUUUGCCAUCCUAAUGAAAUCAGGUUUCUCUCGGUGGAAAGCCGUUCAAGCUCAAAUUUUAACAGCGGGUGUAGCCAUGAUCGGUGCGGCUGUUGCUCUUUUAGCUCAAUCAAAUGAAACUGAGGUCGGAACACGGACUCGCUGGAUUUUACCCUAUUCAGCGGGCUGUUUCCUCUACAUUGCAAUGAGCAACAUUCUACCUGAUAUUUUAAAGGAAGACAAUCCAAAAGAGUCAAUCAAACAAUUAGCAUGUAUCACACUCGGUGUCACAAUCAUGGGUCUAGUCAAUAUGGUUGAAGAUAUUUCAUUCAUACCUUACCUGUAAAUCCCAUCAUCCUCAUCCUCAUCAUAUUCAUAAGUGCAUUUAUAUUUACCGUUAUAAUCACUUGGAAAAUCAAUCAAUCAAAACGCAAGAAAAUUUUCAAAUUGUAAAAUAUCAGAUGAAACAAUCAAUCAACUAUCAACAAAUUUGAUUCCACGUCGAUACAAAAAUCAAUACAACAAUCAAUACAAACUGUAUAAUUGCAAAUACUA